AAGCAGAGCAGGGCGCAAACCGUGGAGCGCGAUUUUGCGCGUGAGCAGAGCAGUCUGUCCGACUCCAAGACAGUCAGAGAAGAGCCGUAAAAUUGGAAUUAUCACAGAGCGGCAACACCAAUUCAUUCACGCUGGGCUCUUCUCAAAUCCGCGGCGUCUUUUCCAACUGUUCUGUCGUGAGUCUCGUCCAGUUGAGUGAGUUAUUUUGUUAAUUCAGUUCCUUCGACUUAAAACAAUCAAAGUCGUUUUCAGUGUUUUGAUUCUCCCCUUGAUUCUGCUAUGCGGGUGUGCAGCAAGUUUACAUACUCCAUAUAGUUCGGAAGUAAAGCACGUGACAUUACCUGGGAUUGAGUGCACCUGCCCUGGUAUAAAGUCAAUUACCAUGGUAGGACCAUUUAUACAGAGGACGGAGGCGAUUGGAACGUGUAUUUCAUGUUGACCAAUAUGCGCUUUCAUAACUGAUAUCGAAAUGUGGGGAAGUUCUCUGCGGAUGGACACAAGCCGAACACAGCGGAGACCAGCCCUGCUCCUGGAUGGGUGACGUCCCAGCCAACCCAGUCGGCCAGUGAAACUCCCCACCCCUCACCUCCCAACCAGGACCUCCUGGGUCCUCCAGAGGAGCAGCAGGAAUGUACCAGGAGGUGGCCUUCCUAGCAGGCAGCACGGAGAAAGAGUUCACACCCUUCCACUUCCCCCUGGAGAACCAGCAGGAGGUGGUUACUAAGAAGGGUGUGUUCUUCAAGCGGCAGCGGCUGCUGCGGAGGCCCAACGAGGGGCAGGAGGAGAACGACCUAUCAGCCGUCAUCAACGUAGGCGGGAUCAGGUACCGUAUCCCCUGGUCCGUUCUGGAGGAGUUCCCUCUGACGCGGCUGGGCCGGCUGAGGGGCUGCAGCUCAUUGGAUGAGAUCAUGGAGGUGUGUGACGACUACGACGACGGGUGCCAGGAGUAUUUCUUCGAUCGCAGCCCAUCUGCGUUCCGCACCAUCGUGACGUUCCUGGCGGCAGGGCGGCUGCGGCUGCUAAGGGAGAUGUGUGCUCUGUCCUUCCAGGAGGAGCUUGUCUACUGGGGCGUGGAGGACACCAGGCUGGAGUGGUGCUGCCUCCGGAAGCUACGCAUCAGACAGGAGGAGCUCAAGGAGCAGCUGAGGAUGGAGGAGGAGGAGGCAGAGCUCACCACCACCCUGACCCCCCAGAGCUGUGAGGAUGGGCAGGGGCCCCCCGGAGUGGGGGGGGAGGAGGAGGAGAGCCGCAUGGCGGGGUGUAUGCGCAGGCUCCACGACAUGGUGGAGAACCCUCAAUCUGGACUACCUGGAAAGAUCUUUGCCUGCCUGUCGGUGGUGUUUGUGGCCAUCACCACAGUAACGCUCUGCAUCAGUACCAUGCCCGACCUCAGGGAGGAGGAGGAGAGGGGUGAGUGUUCUCAGAGGUGCUACAAUAUCUUUGUCCUGGAGACGGUGUGUGUGGCCUGGUUCUCUCUGGAGUUCCUGCUGCGCUUCAUCCAGACGCCUAGUAAGUGUGUCUUCCUGAAGACGCCCCUCAACAUUAUCGACGUGGUGGCCAUCCUGCCCUACUACAUCACCCUGAUCGUAGACUCUCUGUCUGAGGGAGGGGAGAAGCCCAGCGGCGGGAACAACUACCUGGAGAAGGUGGGCCUGGUGCUGCGGGUACUCCGGGCCCUGAGGAUCUUCUACGUGAUGCGUCUGGCGCGCCACUCCCUGGGGCUGCAGACCUUAGGCCUGACGGUCCGACGCUGCACCCGCGAGUUUGGCCUGCUCCUCCUCUUCCUGUGCGUUGCCAUGGCACUGUUCUCCCCGCUGGUGUUCCUGGCGGAGAGCGAGAUGGGCGCCAAGUACGACUUCACCAGCAUCCCCGGCACCUACUGGUGGGCGGUGAUCUCCAUGACAACGGUGGGGUACGGGGACAUGGUGCCUCGGAGCAUCCCGGGUCAGGUGGUGGCGCUCAGCAGCAUCCUCAGUGGGAUUCUCCUCAUGGCGUUCCCCGUGACCUCUAUCUUCCACACGUUCUCUCGAUCCUACCUGGAGCUGAAGGAGGAGCAGAACAGAAUGCUGAGACAGAAACCAGACUUCCAGGACUCCACCAAGUCUCAGAACAGCGAGGACUCGGCUGAGACGGACAGUUACCAUGGCAUCACUGAGGUCGCCGCCUCUGCUUUACGCAGGAAGUCCAUCGCCAUUGCGUCACAGAGGAGGGCCCUGCAGACUCAACACUGAGUGUGUGUGCAACGUGAGGCUGGCGGUGUACAGUGCACUGUGGGAAACUCGUACUAAAGCUUGAGGACUCUAAACAGGGAUGGGACGUUUCUCACAAGCUUAAGAAAAAAAGGAGCUCCAACAUUUGUGAGCCUCCAUAGCUCUGUCCAUCAGAGUCUGUUCAAUAGAGUUUCUAAGAUUUUAUAAGACCGCUGCAGAAGUCUUUUUGCUGACAUUACUGGUGUAGAGCUGACCACAAUAUAAAAAGACAAGUUCUCUGUGGUCAAAGGACAUUUCACCCAGGAGUAUAGAAGCCCUACAACACAGGAGUAUAGCCCUACAACACAGCAUGGGGAGAAAGCUUCUCUCUCACAAAUAUUCAGUAUGAUAAAGCUAUUAUUUUAGGGGGAAAAAUACCUUUGAUUAAAAUAUUAUAAUUUUGGUAUAUAUUUAGGAUAAGAAAUAUUGCAACAAGAUUAUUUGACUAUAUACAACACAUUUACAGAUUUCAGAAUGCUUAGUUUGCUUCUAUCUAGACUCAGGAUCUGCAUAUUUUAAUAAAUGUACGAAAACCAUGACCUCGGCUGAUGCAAUGUAUGAUUAUACACUUUAUUAAAUUCAUUUCAGCAUAUGAUUCUGUCCGGAGGUUUUCCUCCAGUUGCACAUCUCCUCUGAAUAAUAAAUUGUUCUGUUUUCAGGCA